CAUUAAUCUAGGCACUAAUUACCCCAAAUAUAAACCUAAGCGUCAUAAAAUAGGCAAAAUAUCUAAACUAGGUUGCACCCUACCAAUAACCUGACCUAAUCGUACAAUAAAUUCGGCAUCAUUCGGCGAACAACCAUGCAGCGCCAGUGGUGGCUUCAGUGGAAGAAUCGCGUGCUGUACGCCGCCAACAAGUUUCAGUACGACGCCCAGAAGAAGGCCGAGUUGUUGUGGUAUGGAUCGAACAAUGUCGGGAGCGCGCAUGCCAAUGUGUCGGUGCCGUUCAUGGUCACGAGGCAGAUGAAGGUGCAGCUGGCCGACAAGGGAUUUCCAUCCCAUAUCGUCGCGGCGCUUACUCCUGCCAACGCCCACGCCAUUCUUCAAAGCAACACGUCGUUUGAUGCGUACCUCAAGGACGCCACAACGUCGUCGACGCCCAACGCUGCUGACAAUGCCGCCGACACCACCACCUCGUCGUCGUUGGCUGCAACUGGUAGCUCCGAGUCGCCUUCUACCGAGAGCCUACAACCAAAGUCGCCUGCAUUGGCAUGCGUAUCAACCACAGAGGACAGUGUUGGCAAAACGAGAUCUACUGCGAGCACUGCACCUGUAGCGGCGCUGGCCAUUGUUCUGGACAAGCCAGCAGCAUAACAUUCGAUCAACCACCCUCAACCACCACACGAUUUUUCUAAUACUGGGCCAGCAUGAUGAGAUUGGUUUCAUCAACAGUUUCUCCUUUCUGCGAGCGAUCAAUCAUGGCAUGCCAGUACCAUCUAACAUGCCAGGAAUGAAUAAACAAUAUCGCAACUAAGGUGUUGUUCGAUAA